AUGUCAGGCGACACAGAUGAUUCUCUUUCUUCAUAUGAUGAAGAUCACGGAUCUAAACUUAUCCAAAAAGCUAGAGAGGCAUCAUUUGUCCCCACUGGAAUGGCAGGUUUUGCAACAAUCGUUGCAUAUAGAUUAUAUAAAUUGAAGAGCAGGGGAAAUACUAAAAUGUCUGUUCACCUGAUCCACAUGUGCAUGGCAGCCCAAGGCUUUGUUGUGGGAACAAUGACUCUUGGUAUGGGCGAUUCCAUGUAUCGAGAAUUCUGGGCAAAACCUAAACCUUAGAAGAGGAGACGUUGUCUUGGUCUCAUUGGUGGUGCUUGCUUUAGUUAGACAUCUCAUAUUGAGGUUAUAUGUUUAUGUUGAAAAUAAAUUCUUUGGGUCGGACAAUAACAUGGUAAUUUGAAUACUGGCUUCCUUUCUUGCAGGCUUGAUUUGCCUGGUGACCAGGUUACUGGUGACUAGUUCACUAGCUAGGUCAUUCAGGGGAGGCAGAUUAGCACAAAAACAUGUCAUUUUUAAAUGCUCUUGA